GAUGGAGGAACUGAGUCAGUUUCGGAAAUGUCGACAGUGGCCCGAGGAACUCGAGCGGUUUUCAACUGGGACCAACAAAACACAGUCGUUUACGUUGGAGGAUUUCCUCCCGAUGCCAAAAUUCAAUCGGCUGUUCUUUACGGAUCAUUUGACGGAGGCGAAAUCGAAGACGUGACUUUGAACGACAUCCCGAUCGGUUUGUGGAAUUUCAAAGAAGCGACUGCUUUGACUGACGGAGCUGUUGAAAGGUGCGGUGAAAAAUCGUCAGAA